CAUUUGAAGAGCGUCUGUGUCGAGAGUAUUUCGGUGUUAUUUCACUUAGUCCUCUUUGGGCAUUGAUACUGUGUGCCACGUUUCAGAACCUAACCUCCCUUCUCCGAAACCCUCAAUACCUAAUAAAAUAGAACGUUAACCUGUGACACGUUCGUCAAUUUUCCUCUUAGGUAAAUUUCAAAGUGAAAAUCGCUUAAUUUUUAUUAUCGCGCGUCUGUCGACGGCCAAAUUGACUCAGAACUCUCAGAAGUUGAUCAACACUACAAAUCCACCUGUAGCUGACGUAAAUAUUCAUUAAAAAUGGACGGAAGGCUUGAACAGAAAAUGAUGAAUGACGAUUCAAACGUGCAAAUCACAAUCAGACUGAUAAUGCAAGGAAAGGAGGUUGGAAGCAUUAUUGGCAAAAAAGGUGAAAUUGUGAAUAGAUUUCGGCAUGAAAGUGGUGCAAAAAUUAAUAUAUCAGACGGAUCGUGCCCCGAAAGAAUCGUUACCGUAAUAGGAUCAACGAGUGCGAUAUACAAGGCGUUCACAUUGAUAUGCAAAAAAUUUGAGGAAUUUCAAGAAAUUAACAGUGGAAGUAGUUCAGUACCGCGUCCUCCGAUUACUCUACGUCUGGUCGUACCGGCUAGUCAGUGCGGAUCGUUAAUCGGUAAAGCCGGAUCUAAAAUAAAAGAAAUCAGAGAAGUUACCGGGGCGUCUAUACAAGUUGCAUCAGAAAUGUUACCAAAUUCGACCGAAAGGGCAGUUACGAUUUCUGGUACUGGAGAAGCGAUCACUCAAUGCAUUUAUCAUAUUUGUAACGUUAUGCUAGAGUCCCCUCCCAAAGGAGCGACCAUCCCUUUCCGCCCUAAACCCCAAAUAGGUGGUCCCGUAAUCCUCGCCGGUGGUCAGGCCUACACUAUCCAAGGCAACUACGCCGUUCCCGCCCAUUCAGACGUAAGUAGCUCUAUAGUAACGCCACCUCUAUUCGCUCCCGCUCAUCAUCCCACCCAUCAUCGACCUUUGUCUCUAUGCCAUCCUCUAACGGCGGCGGUCGCCCCAGCGCAGCUCGUAGCUGCUUACGAACCGCUCAAGAACGGACAUUUGCAGGCCGCCAUUCCGCCCGCGCAUCUUUUGACAGAUCUGGCGAGUUUAGGUAAAAAUCCUCUUGCAGGAUUAGCAGCAUUAGGAUUAGGUGGUUUGGCUCCGUCAGCCGCAGGAGGAUUAAAUCCAGCAGCUUUGGCAGCAUUGGCGGGAUCUCAAUUAAGGACGACGAAUGCGAGGAACCAACAGAACUCUAAUCAACAAACGCAUGAAAUGACAGUACCUAAUGAACUAAUUGGUUGCGUUAUUGGUAAAGGGGGUACUAAAAUAGCGGAAAUUCGACAAAUUUCCGGCGCUAUGAUUCGCAUAUCGAAUUGCGACGAUAGAGAAACUGGUACAUCAGAACGAACAAUCACGAUAUCCGGAAAUCCUGAUGCGGUAGCAUUGGCACAAUAUCUCAUCAAUAUGAGGAUAUCCAUGGAAACAGCUGGUCUUCCUCUACCCGGUUACCAUUACAUCGCUCCAAAUCACAUCGUAAAAGCUCCGAUUCAUUGAAGAAAUUAAUUUAGGCAAAUCUCGAAUCCAGUUGGUGUGUUAAUUUAUCGAAAUUGACGUCGUUUGAUCUGUGAAAUUAUACUGUUUGACAAUAUAUGUCGUUUAUAAAAACCACAAGAUUGGUACUGGGAACAAAACCAAAGAUUUUUAUUUAAUAUUUAGAUAAAUUCACAACUUAUCAUUUUUUAUUAUUCGUUAAGUAUUUUCUAUUAUAGUUAGUUCCAUUUUUCGCUAAAUCAUGAAAAAACUGAUAUUUUUACAAACAGUUAAAUUGUUGCAGAUAUAUCAAUGUUUAGUAGUUAGCAUAUUUGUUUAUUGUCCUGUUCGAAUAAUUAAUCGCCGAUUAUUUAUUGAAUUCCCGUUGAGAUUUUUCUUUUCAUUCGUUAACUGUUACAGAACUGUCCAAUUUUUUGUAUCCCAGCGCCGUGUUUUUUUAGUAAAUUAGUAGACUUGAUAUUGUCUCUUAAUACACUGCUCUCUAAAAUCAACGUGUAAUUUUGUCUUCUUAUUUCAAUAGGACCAUCAUUUUUUCUUAGAUUCAUUUUACUUCCUUUACACAUUGUUUACACUACAUUAACACUCAUAAAUACACUGACACUGACACGCGUUUCGAUAACCAAUUUAUCGUCUUCAGAGACUGAAGGUAAACUCUUAACUUCCAGUCUCUGAAGAUGAUAACUUGGUUAUCGAAACGCACUUCAGACAGUGUAAUUGUGAGUGUUGAUGUAGUGUUAGUGUAGACAGUGUGUUCAGCUCUGCAUUAGCUUAAUCUUUUUUUUUUUAAUAAAAUACAAAACGUUGGUAUCUACUCGAUUUUCUUCUUUUUCGUAGUAUUUAUUCUCUUCUGAGCUCUUCUUCUGACGAUGAUCUCCAUCUCUUUUGACAUCGGUUGCCUUUAUUGUUCAUUGUUGAAUAUUUUUUUAACGGUAUGUCUCAAUACGUUGGUGUCUACUUGAUAUUCUUCUUUUUCGCUCAAUAGGAUCCUGUUCUGUUUAAUUUCGAAUAUCUAUCCUCUCCUUGAGCUCUUAUUGAGACGAUGUCUAGUAUUCUCCAUCUAUUUGAUUUCUAUUUUUUUGUCAAUGUGGUUUCUGGGAUUCUUUCGAUAUGAUCUCUCCAAUUUUUUAAUUCAUCUUUCAAGUAUUGUUUACUUUCUUUUCCUUCCUAUCCUGCGCUGCUUGUAUUCUAAUCUUCAAUUUCUUCGCUAAAUAUUUUUUUAUGAAUAUUUCUAACAAUAUGUUGGCCAACAGUAUCAUAUUGGACAGCUCUAAACUAGACAAUUGCCCUAUUUUCUACCAAAAAAGUUGUUUUCAAAAAAAAAUGAUAUAAUCUCAACUACUAUUCAAAACUUCCUAAAAAAAUUCAAUAAAAAUGUGAUAUUAAAAAAGAAAUCAAUUAAAUCACAUUUGAGUAUCGUUUUUAUUAAUUUUUCAUUGUGGCUCUGUAAUUUUUUUAAUAUUAUCCCCUUAGAAGAAAUGAGUGGAAAAAAGAUUUUUUUCUUUAACAUUAGUUUUUACUUGUUUUUGUUUUUAAACUAAUUUUUUAUUGAAAAAGACCUAAAAUCUUCAAGAUUUAUCAAGAAAAACGAAUAAAAAAAGUAAGAAGUGAAGAAACAUGAUUUUUUCGAACUCCCUCGUAAUUUGUAGGGUAGGGUGAUUUUUUUUCGGUGUCCAAUCAAAAUAUUAAAAUACAUAUAGAAAAAAGAAUCUCGCCAAGUUUGAGCUCUUAAUAUCAAUUUUAAGUAUUUAAAAUUUAAAUAUAAUUUUUUUUUCAAAUUUCUAAUACUUUUUACAAUAAUACAAAUUCCCCUUAUGAGGAAAUUUAUGCUCUUCGAAAUCGCUUUAGAGUUUUUUUCGUAACUUACACUGGUCCACCAAUAGGUUCGUUAAAGCAUAGUUUUUGGAAAUUUUUUUCUCCGAUCCAGUGAGAGUUACACAAAAAACUCUAAAGCGAUUUCAAAGAGCAAAAAAUUUCCCACAAGGGAAUUUUGGGUUAUUGUUAAAAGUAUUAGAAAUUUUUACCAUUAUGCCAUUUAAAAAAAACUUUUGUUUUCAAAUUUCUAAUACUUCUCACUUUUUACAAUAAUACAAAUCCACCUUAUGGGGAAGUCUAAAACGAUUUCGAGGAGCAUAAACUUCUCCAUAAGGGGGAUUUGUAUUAAUGUAAAAAGUGUUAGAAAUUUCAAAAAAAAAUUUUUUAAAUGUCAAGUACUUUAAAUUUAUAUUAAGAGCUGAAACUUGAUGAGGGGGGUUCGAAAAAAUCAUUUUCUUGAUAAAUCUUAAAGUUUUUGGUUUUUUUGAUGAUGAUUCACCUUAUUGUAGGUACAUAGUUUUACUUAUUUUAUUUCAAUUUAUUAGAUUUACAUGUUUAUUUCCAGAUCCAUUUUGGUUUUUAUUUAAAAAUUGUUUUAAUAAAAAAUACAAACAUUUUAAAUUAUUAUUAAAUAAGGUUUCAGCAAUAAUCUAAAUUAUAUUGUGAUACAAAAAAUAUAUAAUAAAAAAAUAUAUAAACAGGACAAUAAGUAAAUGUUAUUAUUGUUUUAUAUGUAUCGUGUUUCAAAUAAGGAAUAGAGUCGUCAUUUUAUAUCAACUCAAAUAUGCUCUUAGGAAUCUGCAAUAAUAAAAAAAAAUGGUAUACCAACGCGGUAACCUUUUGAAAAAUCAACCCAUUUCAUUGAAUUUUUUUAUAAUAAAAAAAAAUGUCUUCGUCCUCUUCGAUGGUGGGAUAUUCUAAACGGACAGAAAGGGAUCAAAUUCUUUAUUAAAAUAUUUUGAUUAAAAAUUCAUACUGUAAGGUAAUCUUGACUGACCCCUAGUAAUUUCCUCGAGUCUCUUCAUGCUAACAUUGCUAAGUGUCAAUUUUUCAAGCGCUUCAUAUGACAAAUUGCUGACACAUCCCAACAAUAGCUCGAAUUACUAAACUUCAAGGUUGGCGGUAGCCCUACUACAUUCUGGUCUUAACAUUUAUGGUGGUUUCUUUUUCACCUCAUUCCAUAUAACGCACCCUUAGCUAGUCGAUUUGAUUUUUAAAUAAACAAACUUUCCCUAGUCUAGCCACGCAUGUGUGCUGAAAAUUCCUCUGUCGCAUAAUAAAAUAAUCCACAUACUAAAGGACUCUUGUAAUUUCUGAUUUUAUUUGGCCUGAAAGUAAAGAUUAAGAAGAAGAUUAAAAAUAUACCAAAUCAAAAAUUUCUAUUCUGGCAACAGAAAAGAGCUUGUCAAUUGUCAAAAUCUACAUUGAUGUCUACACUUUUUCCAAUGAUGCUCAAACCUUUCCAACUAAUAGUUGCCGUCUUUUUCACAACGUCCUCGUUUUAUGAAAAUUUCACUCUUGCAAGUUGAAUGCUAGGGUUAGGAAAUAGAAAAAAGUCGCCAGUGGCCAAAUCUGGUGAUUACGGUGGUUAAACCACCAAUUCGAAAUACAAUUCGUGUAUAUUAACCAAGAUGUGUGAGAAAGUGCUUUACUUGAUGGAAAAGCACUUUCUUUUUCUUGAAUUAUUUGGUCGUUUUUCGUAAUUGUUCUUAGUACCUUAUCAAUCAGUGAUUCGUAAAAAUCUUUUAUUUAUAAGUGCUAACAUUUUCAGGUUUUCGUAUUCGAAAAUAAAACAAACUAUCCUUGCUCAACAAGCUUACAUACUUUGGUCAUUUUAUGAAAUGAGUUAGUAUAAUAUUCGUCAUUUUGGCAGAUUUCAUUGACUUCAUCGUAAGAAACCCAUUGUUUUAACUGAUGUUUCGUCUCUGUUGCAUUGUGGUGGAUACAAUCAAAUAUUUGUAGAUACCUCAACCACAUCUUUCGUGCUUGUACUGUCACAAUUGAGGUUAUUAAACCACUGUUUCACCUUAACUUACCAGAGCUUUCAUAUUAUUUAUAAUGGUCUGAGUGAUGUUUUUUCUUCUAAAAAAUAAUUAUUGGAAAGCUUUCGAAAUCAUUUUUUUUUCUAUUUUCUUCUCGAAACAACAUAAUCUACUAUUAAUGGAUGCCAAACCUAACCUAACCUAACGAACUAAGUGACUGGCUCAAAUUUUGACAGAUGUCAAAUGAUGGAUGUUUGUUGACAGGAGUCAAUUUUUUAGUUAAGAGCGGGAUAUUCAAAAAUUCUCAAUUAUUGACCAGCUCUUUUAGCUAAUUACAUAUUUACAUUUAAAAAUUGAACUUUUUUGUCGAUUAUUUUGAUGAUAUUUUUUCUGAAAACUUUUUAGUUACAUUCUAAUAUUAAUGUUAGGAUUAAUUUUAAAAAAUUCCUAUGAGCAUAUAUCGAUUAGUGACGACUAAUAAAUAUUGUUUGUUACAUAUGAACUGUGGAGUGAUAUGGGCACUUUCUGAUUGUGAAUUAUUAAAUUAGAUAAGUAAAUUAGGCUGUGGUACAUAGUAUUUGUUAAUUAGUGUAUCUUCCAAAGGAUUGUAUAUGUGCCAAAAUAUUCUAACCUAUUGCUCAUCUUAGAAUACAUAAUUAGUUGCAUAUCAACGUUUUCGUAUCAAUAAGUUUAAAUUUUUUCACAAAAAAAACGUUUUUCGACUUGUUUUAUAUAAAAUCACAAUUUCUCACUAGAAAAAUGUUUUUUUUUCUCAAGUUUUUGGUUCUGAUAACCUCAAAAUUAAAACUGUUAAAAUUAUUCGUCAAAGAUUUUUUUUGGUUUUAGUUAAUUCUAAAAUAGUAAACUCGCAAAAUUAGUGUCAAAAACGAAAAAUGCUCAUUUCACUCGUUUAUUAAUAUGAAAUCGAUGCAAUAUUUUCACAUUUAAAAUAUACUCGUAUAUGUAAAUAGAGCGGUAGUUUUUCUGUGAUCACUUUACCGCAGUUUGCACUAACGUAAAAUAUGUUAUUAAUUAUUUCGUUGUGGUUAUUAGUGUGAAUAGAUGUAGAGAUUGUGAAAAAUGUUCUAAACAAAAAAAUUGAUAAUAAAUCCUGCGAAAUUUACUUACUCAUCGAGUUGGGAAAAAAAUAAUUUCGGUUUCUCUUCUCACGUUUUUAUAAUUUAAACGACCUUUAAAUAAAAAAGAGAUUCUUUGUGUAUUAUUGGGUGGGAUGAGGAAGUUUUUACAGAAACUUUCAUUGUAGUUAGCCCUGAUAUAGGAGUAGCUCCUCUGCAAGGUUGUGGUGGUAGGUUAGACUCUAAGAAGAAGAAGCUCCAGACUAAAAAACAAACGGUUCAUUCCAAGUUUAGGACAAUGAAAUCUUUUUUCCAUGGGAACGAUAAAUUUUAUUCCUGCAGAAGUAAUACGGUGAUUAAAAAACAAAACAUAUUUGCUGUACCAAACAAAAAUUUCAUCGUCAAAAAAAUUAUUGUCGUAACAUUAUAAUUGUUAUAAUAUGGAGUUUUAGAAACUCGUCUUCAGUCCUUUUGAUUUGGAACAUUCAAUUGGCAUUUGAUAUGAAUUAUGUCAUAACCCAUACAAAGAUGCUGAGGGCACAUACCCUGUGCUUGAUUUCUCUGAACCAGCUUUUCUAGAAAUACUUGCUUUUGAGGUAACAACACAUCUUUUAUUGUCAUUAUCUUUAUUCUCCUGUACUUCGUAGCCUCCACAAGCUCUAUCAGUAUGUCUACUUUGGUAUUUUGAAGUAUUUCAUCAACUUUUUAAAUAUUUUGUGCCAACACAAAAAAAAACUAUGUUCGAUGAGUCUGCUCUGUAGCUAUAAAAAGUAACCUCCUAGAAUCUCCAUUUUAAAAUCAGAGUAAUUUUUGAUUGAGUGAACUAAUGACGUUACUUUGUACUUUAAAUCCUAUAGGAUGGCUUUACUUAACUUUAUGGUCAUCUAUUAUGGAGAACCGAAAUUAUUUUUUCCCCAAUCUAUCUAUCUAUCAAUCUGGUUUGAAAAUUUGCUCAGAACCAAACAUUUCAUAAUAAUCGUUAAAUAUAUAUAGUAUUAAUGUGUCUAGUAAAAAUAAAUUUAAUACUAGAUUAUUUAGACAUAAUAUACGAUGAUGACCAUUAUUAUUAUGACACACAAAUUAUUUGUGGUUGAUUUCAAGAUAUUUAUUGUUACUUAACAAGUUUAAUUGAUCCAAAGAAACAUUCCUCGAUGAUAAAUCACUCGAAAAACUCAUAUUUCUUGAAAAUAAAUUCAAAAUUUCUAUUGUAUACAUUCGAAUGAUUUUUAUACAGAGUGUACAAAUAAUUAAUGCUAAGGAAGAGACUAGCUAAAACAAAAAUAUUUAGAAGUCACCAUUUUGGAGCUACAUGUCUCUAAAAAAGUGCUGAAAGUUUUUUCUGUUUGUUUCGUGCGUCUUUCUCUUUCAUAGAAUUAACUCAAAUCGUGUUUCUUUUAAUGUAGAUUUCACCUUACGAAACAAAAUUUGAGGAAUACGGUGGAUGUAUGGUGAUUAAUUGAAGGGUCGCCAUGUGUUGAGAUAAGCCCGAGAACUUGAUAAAACCAUGUCUUCAAAUCACUGGUAUAUUGUCAACUACACAUUCAAUAAUUCUAUGUUUAUUUACCUCUGUCGGUGUCUAUUUUGCUGAUUCAUAUACAUGAACGUUAUAUAGAUACAAGGUUAUUAUAUUAUAUUGUUAAAUUGUAAUGGUACGUGUGUUUUGAGUCGAAAUGCACGUACAUUGAUUUAUUGUGAUCUAUAGUUAACGUACUUUGUUUAUCAACAAUGACAGAUAGUCCAGCACUGGGAUUCUGAAAUUAGGUAUAAACCUCUUUUCAAACCAUGCGGGAUAAGCCAGCGUAUUGUCUGGGUGGAGAACUUUCCAAAUUUGGGGUUAAUUUUUCUUUAUUCUUCCAGCAAAAACGUGAUUUUAGUAAUUAAUUAAUUUAUUCCUUCCAAUGUAUGGCGUUCAAAGUAUCUCAAAAUAAACAAUUUUAUGGGCUUGUUCUGAAAUGUCAAAAUUUUAGGCACUAAUUUCGCCCACACGAUUUGUAUACUGGAAUUAUCAUCUAAAAUUCGCCGUUAGAUUGUUAGAUAUUAUUUAGACAUGUUUGGCUUUAAUUUUUGGACACUCUGUAUAUAUUGUCUAACUUAACUAGCUUAACAGCUAUAUAACUAUAUAUAAAGUGUUUAAUUCUAUUUAUUUGAUUUGAUUCUUGUAAUCAACUACAAUUUUUGAAAAUAAUUGAAGUGUAUUUACAAAAAGACGUAGAAAUAUUUUUUUUUAAUUUAUUAUUGCUUAGUUUGUAAUUUCAUAUGUUAAUAGUAUUAAUGAUAUUGUAUUCUAGUCCUACAACCUACGGUUUGACAUAGAAAAAAAACUAGUCAUAUUUUUUGUUUGGAAUGUAUUCUAAAGAUGGUACCGAAUAGUGGGUACCGUCUUAUUGUAAAAUUAAUAUUUUUGGUAUAAUCUAGGUCACUAGUUUUUUAAUUGUAAAUUUACGUACUAACAAUACAAAUUUCAUUCUUAUAAUGUGCAAUAAAAAAAAUUGCUCAGAUUUAUAAAAAUUUUAAGUGACCUACUCGAAUAAACAUUUUAUUUAUGAACGUUUGACUAUAAUGAGGACAAUCUGUUGUUAUUUUUUUAUGUUGAUAAAUUUAAUAUAGAUAUUUAUGAAAAACAAUGUGUGCCAAUGGAAAUUUGAUAGAAGGACCUUAGCCAGCAAACCGACGUACAAAAUUUAAAUUAUUUUAUCGAUUUUUGAGAUAACGUUAAAAUCAUAUAUUUUGAAUGCGAUCUAUAAGAUUUUUUACAGAUUAGUAAAACUCAGUUUUCUUUCAAAAUUUCCAUCAACAACAACAAAAAAUUAUACUUGUUUAUUCAAACACUCUUUUUUUAUAAUUUACUUAAAAUAUUUCAAUUAGAAAAUUUCAUACUAUCCUAUUAUUUUCUAAUUAUUGUUAUUAGUUUAUAAAAUAUCGAAAAAAUAUUUUUUAGUUCCUUAGAAUUGCUUAAUAAUGACUGUAGUGCCAAUGUAGUUCGAUUCCGAAGACUUGUACUAGGUGUUUGUUGAAUUUCAUUCAACAAAUAAUGUUUUUCUGAUGCAAGGCGUCGAUUUUGUGAAAAAUUGUGGAGCAGGAAAACAUUUAGAUGAUUUUCUUUUUUAUUAAAAAUAUUAAAAAUUAAUUAUACAUAUAAACCUGUUUCAGAUUUAUAUUCCAUUUUGAUAUUAAUAUAUUAAUGAAGUUGAACAUAUCUUAAAAAAUCUAAUCGAAGGAUUAGAAUUAUGCUUAAUGAAUUUGUCACUAGGUGGUUUGUAAGCACAAUGCUAUUAACGCGAGGGGGUAUCUAGUGGCAAAAAAUCGAUUUUUCACUGUUGCCAGCUUUCGAUAUCUGUAAAUUUGCUUUUUAUAAGAUACAUUUACACUCCAUCAAAUUUACCUUUACCUUGACAUCAUGUCUUGCAAAAACACUACCUGACGUAGAAAGUGACUAUUGUCAUAUAUAUCAAAUUGACUUUAUUUUCACAGUAACAAAAAUUUGGAGAAUUACAAAACCAAAAAUCACUACAAUCUACGAUUUUUUUGUUUUACCCUGUAUUAUCUACAAUGCUGCUAAAUUUCCUUACAUUAUACUCAAUUUUCCUGUUACACGGUUUCUUAUUCACCAUUACAUAUAUCAAAAAUAUAUUUUUCGAAAUACACAUCAAGAAAUUUCUCUAUUUAAAACUGAGGUAACUUUUGGUACAUACUCGUAUUAAAAAUUCUUCUUGCUUAUUCAUUAUCAUCCAUUGUCCAUAUAUACUGAACACAUUGCUUACUACAAUUACACCAACACACAUAAACGCACUACCUGGUCCUUCGAGCCUUUCAUAAAACGCUGGUUCAUAUCCGGCUCGAAGGACCAGAGAUUUUAAUUCUGUGUGUUACGUGCUUGAAUCAAUUUUGUCGCGUUCUAGUUUCUCUAAAUUUCUGAUUUAACUGUUGUAAGUCAAAAACAUUUCAAUUAAAGAUCUCUAACUUCAGUAAUAAAUAUUUUUGUUUAUUAUUAGUGACGUCAAGGUAAAGAUCGAUUUUAAGGACUGUAUAUGCAUCGAAAAGUAAUAUUUUUAAAAACUGAAGAUCUUAGUAGCUAUUAUUUCCAAAUUUUUGCGAUCUAAAGUCUAUUUUAAUUAUAAAAACAUUCAACUCUCAUUUUCGUUUCAUGGAAACAGUUUAAAUGUGAAUUUUUCAAAGAAAAGUUUAUUAAAAUAUCAAUUUUUAAUUUUACUUCUUGAGUUUAUUCGUAUGAUCUGUCAAAUAUGACAUAAUUAAAUAAUCUCUGUUAUUAAAAAUUCCGUUAAAAUAUUAACGAUAUAGUCAAAUAUAAUUUUUUUAUCAAGUAUAGUUUUAUUUUAAACUAUGACUAUGGCAAUUAUAGUAUACGGCCUUAGGAUAAUACAGACGUAUAAGUCUAGUAAGGCAACAUUGGUUCUAAAAUAUAAAAAAUGUUAUUUAUUUAUUGAAGAAGCACUAGUCUGAAAGCCCUUCUCGCUUUUUUAGUAAUUAGUUUGUUAGCAGGGGCCUUAAAUGUUUGGCUAUUUAAUAGUUGUCGUGUUGUGCCAGGCAAUCAACGGUUAGCUUUGUCUGCAGCAUCGUGCAGUACUUAAGGUGCCAAAUUGUGGUAGAUAUUAUUAAUGUCGUUAAGUAUAAUUCCAUAAAUCAAUAAUCGAAAGUUUUUAUAGAUUUUUCAACAAUAAUAUCUUACCUAAUUUAAAUAAACAUCUCGUUUUCGACAGUGUGAAAAUAAUUUUUUUAUUAUAAUUGUUUAAUUGGAUGCUAAAGUUUCUCGCAUUCUCGAAACUUCAAUGUUAAAUUUAUAUUUUUUAUAAACUUUCACCUUAAAAUUUUCAAGUUUUUCAAAAAUAUCAUCCCUCAACUUAUUUCCUUUACCUUGAGCUUUGCUUUAAUAUCCUACUCAGAUUCUUUCCAUUCCCAUCUGAAUGUCUUGUUCUUGUAGACUUUUUCCAAUUCAAAUAUUCGGUAGCCGUGUAAUCAUAUAGUAAAAGGCCCAGUUACAAGGGAAAGAAGAAUAACAAAAGCAAUUGAACAACUUUAAAUAUUAGUUUUCACCAAUGAGAAUCAAUUAUCGCAUUUCGAGGUUAUUUCUUUGACGUUAACGAGUGUAUGAAUUAUUUAACUAACAGUUUCAGUUUGCUAUAUAUUUUUAGUUUUUUUUUUUAUAAUAAAGUAGGUUAAUUUGUGUCUUUUAAACCGUAUUAUUAAUUGAUAAACGUAUCGCAAUAAUUUUUAACUUUUUUUGAGUUAGCGCAAGAAUUAACUGAGAAGUAAACGUUAGUUAAAAGUUACCGUAACAAUCAUUUAAAUAAUAGAGAGAAGGACUGUUAAAAGAGUUAAGAAAUAAUAAGAAUAACAGAAAGCAAGCACCGAAAACACUAUGGAAAUUAACACUAUCACGUUUUAUUUUUUGACCUCGUCAUAUAAAACAUACUGAGGUGGUAUCGGAAUAAAGCAGAUGAACAUGUCUCUAAAUUGGUAACCUCUCUUUGUUAUCACUUAUAUUAAAACAAUUUGACACAGUUUUAAACCUUUAUGUUUAACACGGGUCUCCUUUGGUUAGUUUAAUCAUGUCUUCAGAUCUGAAAUCCCUGUUGGGGUUGUUCGAGCAAUGUGCUGAAACUCUUACUUUAACAAAAUCCAUGCAGCCAAGAAAGAAACGAGAGAUGCUAGGUUCAUCUCUGAGGAACCAAAAGAAUUAUUGAAUGGAGAACAGAGAAGUAGAAGAUGCCCAGCGACACUCUGGUUUAAGGAUAUUGAGAGUAGGAUUCCCAGUUGGAUGACACUAGACGCGACUGACCGUUUGAUGAUGGUGGUUUAGGUGACCCGCUUUGGUCACAAUAUUGAGCUUCAUUGACGAAAUUUCUAAUAAACACUUUGUCACAAUGAAGAUACAAUUUGACCUACACAAAACAGGGAUCAAUUUGAAUAAAGAAUUAUUAUCCUUCACAGUUUUGAUUCAGAGGGAGAUUCUAAAAAAAAUUGAUUCCUGAUGGUCGAUUGGAUCCGUCAGACAAAAAAUGAUUGAAGACUGAAUUAAUUUUGGCCAAAUGGUGGUGGAGCUAGAGUUAGACAGUAAGAUACAACGUGGAUAAAGGUUUAUGACGUGUAUAAAUGAUACCGAUGAGUUGUUCGACUUUCGUUAGCUACAGGGAUGUCGAUUGAUCAGUUAGAAGGAAUCCAAAAUAUAUGUUCCAAGGAGCAUAAUGACGAUCAACUUAUUGUUUCCAAUAGUUUUAUAGGACGGGGUAGAAGAUAUGAAAAUACCUCAGAUUUUUAAAUAAAAAUGAAAACUAAACAAUUAUUACUACGUUCAUAACCUAGAAAGGCGAUGAGUACUUUGUGGUUAGUUGAUUCGCAUUGGUUUUUAGAUAGUUUAGAUCAACUUUUUUAUAUUGUAUAGUUUAAAUUAAAAAUUAUUUUUCUGUGAUAUUAAAAGUUGUGAUAGUUUUAUUUAAAACAUCAAAUUGAAAUUGAUGUUUUGGGCUCCUAUUAUUAAUUUAUGGAAUUAUUGACCAAAUAAUAUAUUAUGUACAUAAUAAAUAUAUUAAAAUUUUUGUAAGUAGAUAUAAAUGUGACUGAUUUAAAACAACUAUUUUUGCAAGAUCAUAUCUAUUGAUGCCGAAAUUAAUAUAUUUCGGCACCCUGAGUAAAUAUAUAUAUUAAAAACACAAUCAGCUAAAGGUUAGGAUCAUUUAGAAGCCUUUAUUAAAUACAGGGUCUUUAUCAAUUAAGAAUAUGUAGUUUAAACAGAAUUUAGUCCAAAUCGGACGUAAAAUAAAAUGUGUCACGGAUUUCUUCAUAUACUAAAUAUAAAAAUUCCAUAUCAUAAAUAUAUCUAAUAGAACUGGUUUUUUUAAAAAAUCCAAUUUAGUUUUUCUUAGUUGUAAAUUCGAUAUUCAAUUUUGCUCAAUCAAUACCGUGUCUGAUUAAUUCGGAAAUUACUAUCGAAUUUAUAACUUAUUUAAUAUAAUGAAUAACAAUAAUUUAGAUAAUCAUAAAAUCCCUGAUUCUACUUAUAUGCAACAAAAAUGAUUGUUUUCUUUUGAUUUUUCAAAAAGUAGCACAACAAAUUACUUCCGAUCGCAUGUCAGUGCCCAAAAAAGUUUAUUUAUACCAUAUAUUAAAAUAAUUCCGAGAUAUGUAUUGGGACACAGAUGGGAUAAGGAAUUUUGACCAUAUAUACCUUCGUUGUCAACAUUUAGGUUGACUUUCUAAUGAGCUCAAAGUCAAUGUACAUGAUCGAUCGUCUUCUUUUUCUUCUUCUUCAUCGUACGUUAGGACUUAGUCCUAUGUUUGCAUCAAUUGUUGCCCAGCUGCAGCUGAGUUAUGUUCGCUCCUAGAUAUUUGUUUGACAUCACUUGUUCUACAAUCUGAUCGUAUAUUUCGAGUUUACAUCUUCUCGGUUCUCUAGAUACUGUAAAAGAUUUGGUUUUCUUCAGUGAUAUUUGCAUGUUGAAAGCUUUCGCUAUUUGUUCAAACUUAUACAGUAGCCUUGUUCAGAUAUUCCCAAAACAGUAUGGAUCUUAUAACCAUGGAGCUUAGAGCCUUAACGGAUAAGAUGAUAAUCUCCUCAUCAUUCUUGGACAAAUAUUUCUGCUUGACAAGUACUUGGUGUGGUGCCAAAGGAUUGUACUUCAAAAUGUUUGUAUUUCAUUAUAUUUAAUUGGAAAAAAUUAGCCUCAAUAUUGCUCAGUUUUAUUUUUUCAAGUGAUUAGUGUUGACAACGCUGUGGUUUAAAAGCGAAAAAGGAACGCGAGCCCUUACCAAGAUCUCAGUCUUCCAGGAUAGUUAACAAUAGCCUCGUGGUUGUUCUUUUUGCGAUGGGUAAUCAAAUUAAUUAUUGAAGGUAAAAUCUACGGCAUCGAGAAUCUUAGUAUGAGGUCCUGAUCGAGGAUCCAUUUCGUCCAUGCCUAUUAAGGCUACUACCUAUAGCAGCAAUAACUUCUUUGGAUGACUAUUUGUCCAAAAAAUAGGUUAUAUUAUAUGAUAUUAAUUUUUGGACUAAAUAUAGUGAUAAAAUCACUUAAAUCUCGAUCACUUUAAUAAUCAAAUCAACUAAUAUUAAAGGUUUUAUACAUGAGUGGCAUUGAAUUAUUUCAAUUCAUUAGAAGACGUUAUAAGAACUUAUUAAAAUUAGAAAAAUAUAUUAUAUUGAUUUUUAAUUAAAAUUGACAAUAAUUAUACACAUUCUUCUCAUUUUAAACCUUAUUUAUUGGAUUAGAUGACAUAAAAAACCGUUUUUUAUAUUUUACUUACAAUAUUUUGUGUUUUGUUGACUUAUAUUUCUUUUUUAGGGCACUGGCAAUAAAAUUAACCUCGCUGCAUAUACUUUUGAAAAAUCCUCUUGAGUAAAAUUCAUUUAAUCGAUUAGAUUGUGUUAAAAUAAACGCAUUGUUAGUUUACGUAUCUAUGUAUGAUGUUUCUAGUGCUUUUCGCUUCAAGAUCACAACACGACUGUAAUAUUUAGUCUAGGUGCACGCUAUUUUCAAUCCUAGAUAUUUUAUCAUAUCUUUCCACAUAUCUUACACAAUUAAAGUGUAUUUUUUUAAUAAGGUAUGGGAAUAGGAAGUCCUCUUGGUCAUACAUAAUCAGUGGAUCGAUGGUAGUGACCCCAUAUUGUUGUUUCUUUCCUAAAUAUCCUGAAGAGCCCGUUGACAUAACUUAUUUUCUUCAAGUUAUAUAAAGUAUAACAAAUUCGUCACCAGUACCUAAAAUUUGGCGUCAGAUUCUUAACGUGGUAUGUGUUACAUACUUACGUAAAACACUACCAGGGUAUUAGGAAAGUUAUCUCUUCAUAAUUGUAUUUGGUAAUGUUUUUAUAGAAGAUAAAACUGUUAACCACCUGGACUGUUAAAACGAAUAUAAUAUCACUUCUCAUACCUUAAUCUUGCUCAAUAUUUUUUUCUAAGAAACGUAUUUUCAAUGUUAGUAAGCAUGCAAAUAUAUAUGUGGUGUAUUUAAGUGUUUUUCAAGAAAGAAAAUAUUGAGAAAGACUUGCAAAGAUCAAGAAAAGACAUUUAUGUUGCACAUAUCAUAUAUUGUUUCUAUUUGCAAAAUGUUAGCAUCUCAGUAACUUAAAAUUGUUUUGUUUGUUUUGGUUAAUAAAGUGUGAUGAUAUUAAA